AUGAAGCAAGGCUUGUACGGACAAUUACCUCCAACAAAAUGGAUUCACAUUCUGUCUACCUGUGGAAGAGGGAAAUAUUGGUUUGAAGAAUAUACAUCUUCCAUUCCUAAUGGGGUUUCAUAUGCUUCUGGAUUUUCUGAGAAUGCUUCAAUCAUAGGAUCUGCAGUAACAUACUGCAGAAAAGACUUAUCUACCGGGGAACUUCUAUUACGGGCAGUGAAAUCGAUGAAGAGAACGGUUGUCAGUUGGUUAUACAUAAAGCUGCUUGAUCUAGGCUAUUGUCUUCUAGUAGCACUUCUGCUUCUUUUACUAGUGCUGAUUUUCAAUAUUACAUUCACUAUACUGGCUUUCUCUAUGAUCUUAUUGGUUGUAGCUCUAUUUUUCCGAACUUAUCUUGAUGUUGUCUGGAGUUUAGCCCUCGUUGUUUCGGUACUGGAAGACAUAUGUGGCAUUGAGGCUCUUGGAAAAGCUGCACGCCUUGUCAAGGGAUCAAAGCUACGUGGGUUUUUUCUGAAUCUUUUUGUAGCAUUCUCUAUGUCUAUGUUCAAUGGUUUGGUGACGAUUGGGACUGUAGCCUUUCCAGAGAAUGCAAGAAUGGUUCCAACUCUCUUCUCAUAUUCUAUAGCCUGCCUGAUCACCAUGUUUUUAUGCAUGUCAUACACAGUCCUUUACUAUGAGUGCAAGAAGACUCAUGGAGAAGAGGUUGAAAGGAAACCAAGCACGGAAUAUACUAAAGUGGCCUUUACCGAGUCCACUCCACUUCUCAGUGCAGAUGCACCAUGA